UCGAGCUGGAACUCUCCUGCAAGUCACCCGAGCCCCUGACUGUAUGCACAGUGUCUGCAGAUCUGCAGGAGGAGGAGGAAGGAGGUGAGGCAGGAUGAGGAGGAGAGGCGACCAGAAAGAAGACAGCGCCACACUCAUUAACAUGGAAACCAAGCCGGAGAACAACUACGGCAGCAUCGCCAUGAAUGCACCUGCUCGUCUUCGGGACAGGAACGUCUUCAGUGACAGAUCGACUCGAGUUGAUUUCGUGUUGGUGUGGGAGGAGCCUCUGAACUCACAGAAGGAGGAGGGUGCAGGCGUUAACCCCACCCACAGGAAGCAGAGGGAGAAGUUUUUGAAAAAACUGAGAAGUUCCGGACUGCUCCUGGAACAGAAGGACGUCCUUCAGAUGAAGACAAGGAUCUGUUUUGUGCUUCUCAGUGCUCCGUGGAGCAUCCUCUGUUACUACGCUGAGGAGAUCAGUCUCAGAGUCCCUCUGCAGGUGGUCACCGCUCCAAUAAUUAACUGGUCUGAGCAUAUGCUGUCCCGGCUGUCCCUCCCCAGCCCUCUGUCCCAGGACGUCCCCAACCCCCCACCUGACUACUACACUUGUCAGUUCAGGACCAACAAGCUGCAGAGGUUUCUGGGCAGCGACAACCGAGAGACAUUCUUUAAGACGACUCAGAGACACAAGGUGCUGUAUGAGAUCCUGGCCAGGACUCCUUACGGUUCGUUGAAACAGGGGGAGGUGGGAAUAGACCGACUGCUGAAUGAGCAGGUCUUCACUGCUGCCUACCCGCUCCAUGAGGGACGUUUCCAGCCACCAACAGCCCCGGUGCCCCCCGAGUCUUUAGGUCUGAGACAGAUCCUGUAUGUGUACUGGGCCCAGUGGUCCCGCUUUAGACGCUACCAACCUCUGGAUCACAUCAGGGAGUAUUUUGGAGAGAAGAUAGCCCUUUACUUUGCUUGGCUCGGUUUCUACACCGGGUGGCUGUUGCCGGCGUCUCUUGUUGGGACAAUGGUCUUCCUAUCUGGGUUCUGGCUCAUGGCCACUGAUGUUCCAGCGAUGGAGGUGUGUAGCAGUGGAAACAGCUUCGUCAUGUGUCCUCUCUGUAACAUCUGUUCCUACUGGAACUACUCCAGCAUCUGUGUCAUCUACAAGGCAGGUAUUCUGUUUGAUAAUGGAGGAACAGUGUUUCUCAGUGUCUUCAUGUCUUUGUGGGCCGUCACCUUCCUGGAGUACUGGAAGAGAAGCUGUUCUACUCUGUCUCACCGCUGGGACUGCUCUGAAUUCCAGGACAUCGAGGAGCGACCUCGUCCAGAGUUCACAGCCAUGGCGCCGAUGACCAUGAGGAACCCAGUGACUGGAUCAGAGGAACCUUACUUUCCUAACAAUAAACGACUCAACAGAACUCUGACCGGCUGCAUGAUCAUUAUCAUCAUGGUUGCUGUGGUGCUGAUGUUCCUCAUCGGCAUCAUUUUCUAUCGCACCAUCCUCAGAAUCAUCAUCUACAGAUCUUCCAACACCUUCGUCAGUUUCUCUGCUGAGAGGAUAGCCAGCAUUUCAGGAUCUGUGUUGAACCUCUUGGUCAUCCUCAUGUUGGCCAGAGUUCACAACUCACUGGCCCACGUCCUCACCCGCUGGGAGAUGCAUCGGACUCAGACUAAAUAUGAAGACAUGUUCAUCCUCAAAAUGUUCAUCUUCCAGUUCGUCAACUUCUACUCGUCUCCUGUUUACAUCGCCUUCUUCAAAGGCAGCUUCGUCGGAUACCCCGGAAACUACAACACUCUGUUUGGAGUUCGCAGCGAAGACUGUGGAGCGGGUGGAUGUCUCAUUGAACUGGCCCAAGAGCUGCUGGUCAUCAUGGUGGGAAAACAGACGAUCAACAACAUGCAGGAGUUCAUCAUCCCGAAGUUGAAGUCGUGGUGGCAGAAGAGGAAGAUCAGUCCUCGGCUGAAAGAGGUGAAGGAGGAGAAAGCAGAAGAAAUUCACAAGGAGAUGAAGAGGGAAGAAGAAGAUGAGGGUUCUCCCUGGGAGGCAGACUACCAGCUGCUGGUCUGUGAGGGACUCUUCAGUGAAUACUUGGAAAUGGUAAUCCAGUUUGGUUUCAUCACCAUCUUUGUGGCGGCGUGUCCUCUCGCUCCUCUCUUCGCUCUCGUUAAUAACUGGAUUGAGAUUCGUUUGGACGCUCAGAAGUUUGUGACUGAAUAUCGCCGCCCAGUUGCGGAGCGAGCUCAGGACAUCGGCAUCUGGUUCCCCAUCAUGCAGUUCAUCACACACAUAGCUGUCCUCAGCAACGCUUUCCUCAUAGCGUUCACCUCGUCCUUCCUGCCCCGCCUCUACUACCGCUACACCAGAGACAGCACACUAAGGGGCUUCACCAACUUCACUCUGGCAACAUCACCACGCAGCUACAACCAGCAACACCCAAACACACCCUGCAGGUAUCGGGGUUUCAGGGAUGAAGACGGUGAAUACCUCCCUGAGUAUUUUCACCUCCUCGCCAUACGACUCGCUUUUGUCAUCGUGUUUGAGCACGUGGUCUUCUUCAUCGGCCGUCUCAUCGACCUGCUUGUCCCUGACAUGCCUGAGGAGGUGGAGCUGAAGAUGAAGAGGGAGCAUUACAUGGCUAAAGAGGCGCUGGCUGAGAACCAGUCUUUGGGGAAAACCAUGUUUCCUGGUGAGGAGAACGUCCUACCCAGCAACCUGCCACAGCGUGGAUUCAGACCAUCACCACCACCACAGAGUGACUCCCCUCCACCAAACCUGAAGGUGAUCCCAGAGGAACCUGAUACACCAGGCAGCUGCUGAAAUAUACCACAGGUGAACCCUGCGCUGGAUGUCCUCCCACUCCCUCAGUGUCCACAUCUACCACACUAAGCUGUCCUUUUGGUCAGCCCCUCUUACAGACAAACAAGACUGUUGUGAGACCACUCCAAGAUCACCAAGAACUGUGUUGAAUCCUUACAGGUCUUACAAGGACUUUGCAAAACCUACAAUAUGUAGAUCUACAAGAUCAUUGCUAGAUUUACGGGGAAUACAAGACUUCUGCUAGAUAUAUAAAGGAUCUUCCAGGCCGCUGCUAGACCUGUACAAAAUCUACAAGACUGUUAAGCUUCCACAACAUCUACAAGUGCUGAACGUCUACGCAUCCUACAAGAGAACUGCAAGAGGUCCACAAGACCUACAACAUGUCUAUGAGAUCUGUACAUCUGCAAGGUUUAGGUCAAAUCUCUACACACUCCGCAAGAGGUCUACAACACCUCUUGACUACAAGACCAAGAGUUGUGUUGAAUCCAACUUCUAAGCCUGUAGAAAAUCUACAAGGGUUCAGAAGAACCUAUAGACAUUCCUAAAAGAACUCUUAGAUGUCUAUAAGACAUUGAAGACCCCCAACAGAUCUGGACAAGGCUGACAAGAUCUCUAUGAGUGCUCUAAAAGUAAAUAAAAGCUUUACAAUACCUCCGAGGUAUCAUCAAGGGCUAUAUGAGCAACUCAACAAGGCCUAGCCCCUGUGUUCUUGACGUAUUAGACCUGUACAGGACUCCUGGAGCUCCAGAAGAACACAAAGCCUUUACAAGAGCCCUAAACCUUUUGAAAACUGUAAAAAGGCUCAGAGAUCACAAAAGACCUAAAUAAGGCCAGUAAGACCUCUACAGGAACAACGCAAGCCUUCAAGACGUCUUGAAGAGGUCCCAGAUCUCUCCAAGACCAAUGGGUGAACAGGGAUGCAGGAAAUCCUUUAUCAUGUUCUGCAGUUCCUAAUUCAGUCAGAAAUGUCUAUUCAAUUGAAUUUCAAUAUAAAAUCUUUGGAACACUUUUGUAUGUUUGCCACGAUUAUGUCGUUUGAUGGUGAUGCUUAUAUCCAGAAUGGUGCAGUCACGGUCAUCCGUCAUCAAGUUGCUGCUCAGUAAGAUGAAUACUGACUGAAUAUUAAUUUCUGACCUUGUUGGCCCUCUGUUGCUGAGUAGACAAAAUAUAAUUUUAUAUGUUGUGUACAAAAAACAUCAUCCACAUUGUAUCACACAAAAGAGAGAUUCAACAAAGACCCCUCAUCAGAUUUCUACAUUUUUUUUACAUAUUUAUAGCAUUAUUAUAACAGAAAUUUAAACAGAUAUCAUGUUGAUGAAUUAAUGUUGUGGCUGAAUAUAUGAUGCAAAUACAUUUCUUGCAGGAGUCAAUUGUUUGUGUUUGUUACUUCAUCUUCACCAGAUGAGUUUAGAAGAAUAGCAGUUCAUGUUGGAGAAACAGAAAAUCCUUCGCACACUCUAUUACAGCAGGAACCACCAGACAACCUCCAGGAUGGACUGGUUGCAGUAUUCGUCUGUUCCUCCAACACAGUCUCACGGCAGUUUGUGAAAAAGACAUGAAAUUUAAUUAUAGGAUUCAUGUACAUGUCACAACACUGAACACGACUUUCAAACUGUAUUUCAAGUGUAAGUAUCUUUCAUGCCUGCACCACAUCCAUCAUCAUUUGCAUUCUGCAGUCAUGUUAGUAGUAAUAACAUUAAAUAUACGACAUCCAGUUAGACUUUCAAAUUAAAGCCUGCUGAAAAACAUUUCAGGCCAUGUUUGCAGUUUGGUUACGUUUAGGCACCAAAACUACUUGGCUAGGUUUCGGAAAAGAUUAUGGUUUGGGUUAAAAUAACGAAUCUCUUUAUCCAAUCAUAUGUUCACAAAGUGAUGAACCUCGCUCCAUCCUCACAGUGAACCACUGAGUCUUUCCAGGAUGAUACUAUCAC